CAACAAAAGAUUCGAAGCUGUCCUUCUUAAUAUGAGAAGGAUUUGUUUACUUCUCGCCUUUGUGGCCGCCGUUUCCUGCUUAUCAGGCAAUGUCGACGACAAAGCUUCCAAAGGACCUAAAGUCACCGAUAAGGUAUGGUUCGACAUCGAAAUCGGAGGAGAGCCAGCAGGAAGGGUAGUGAUCGGCGUUUUCGGAAAAACUGUUCCUAAGACUGCAGAAAACUUUGUCGAGCUCGCGAAAAGACCUGAAGGCGAAGGAUACAAGGGAAGCAAAUUCCACAGAGUUAUUAAAGAUUUCAUGAUUCAAGGCGGAGACUUCACCAAAGGAGACGGAACUGGAGGUCGCAGCAUCAACGGAGAGAAAUUCCCUGAUGAGAACUUUAAACUAAAGCACUACGGAGCUGGUUGGUUGUCCAUGGCAAAUGCCGGACCAGACACGAAUGGUUCUCAAUUCUUCAUCACUGUUAAAUCAACUCCAUGGCUCGAUGGCAGACACGUUGUUUUUGGAAAAGUAAUCAAAGGAAUGGAUGUUGUUAGGAAAGUUGAGAAUACAAGCACAGAUAGUCGAGACAAGCCAUCCAAGGAUGUCGUGAUUGCUGAUUGUGGUGCAGAGAAAGUGGACGUUCCAUUCGGUGUAUUGAAGGAGGAUGCGACUGAAUAAAAAUAAUGUCAAAAUACUCAAAAGAAAUUUACAUAUAGCUCAAAAAACUACAUACGGUGUAUGCAACGCUAUUAAAUGUAAUUUGAUCGUAAUCCGUGGGUUCUAACUACGUUGAUCGACACUGUACAAAUAAGUUUCUUUUUAUAUCAGAUCUUGCAUUUAUAAAAGCAGUUAAUAAAUUUAAUCGUUUAUAGGCAAAA